AUGAGUAAAGAUAAAUUUCCAUUGUUUCCCUCACGUGCAAAUUUAGUGUUUAUGAAGCUACGUCAUGCUUCUGCAGUGAGAGGUCUUGGUUUAUUAAAGCGAAAACGUGAUGCAAUGGAAAUGAAACUGAAAGAAUAUCAGAGAUUGCAGCAGGAAACGGCAGAUCAAAUACCAAUUGUUAUGAGAGAUGCAAUAUUUGCAUUAGCAAAAGGAAAUUUUCUUUCGACUGAUUUUAAACCUGCUGAAAUUAAUACUUCAGAGCGUGCAGAUUGUUUUCUACGCAUAAUUCAAGGUAAAGUUUUAGGAAUGAAAUUACCUUCAUUUAAUUUAAUUAUGUGGAAUGCAACAAAUAAUCCGUUAACUGGUCUUUCACGAGGCGGAGAACAAGUAGGAAAGAUUCGGAAUAAAUUUCAAGAAGCACUCAAAGUGCUCGUCCGUAUGGCAUCACUUCAAAUCUCAGUUAAAGUAUUAACCGAUCAUGUUCGUCAAAAUAAUAUGCGUGUCAAUGGUUUAGAAUAUGUAAUGAUUCCAAAACUUAUUAAUACAGUUGCCUAUAUCAAUCAAGAACUCGACGAACUUGCACGUGAAGAGUUUUAUCGCUUGAAAUGUUCACAGCGUAAACAAAUUGAGGCUAAGAGAAGAUUUAAGGAAUUAGUAAAUAAAUAUAACAGGUUAAUGGGUAAGGAUGAGGUUUUUCCUUCUUCUGUACAACCUGCUGAUAUACCAUUUCAUAGGAGUCAGUUCAAUGCAGAUAAUCUUAAUUCAGUAACCUAA